AUGGCACGCAACAGAGGAGAUUCAUAAUCAGGUAUGAAGGGUAUUAGUACUCCAAGCUUUAUGGACGGUACUUUCAUGACCAACAUAUCUACCCCACAAAUUUUCAAUGGAGGAGCAGCUCAGAAUUUCAACAGCAGAGGUAAUCGAGAUUUUAGAUCGUUUACUACAUCAGCUAUUAAAGCCCCAAUAACACAUUUCGCUCAAACUCAAAAGCAAUCUGUUGGCAAUUUGAUUACAAAUUACUACAAGAAUGAGAACUAAAAGUAGAAGAUCAGAAUGCCCAAGAAAAAGAGAGCACCUGCAGAUGAAGGAAGGAAGUCACAUAAGUUCAAGCCUGGAACUGUAGCACUGAGAGAAAUAAAAUACUAUCAAAAAGCCACAAGAUUACUCAUUCAGAAACUCCCAUUCUAGAGAUUAGUUAGAGAGAUCAUGAGUAAGUACGAUGCCCAGUACAGAGUUCAGUCUCAGGCAUUGCUUGCAAUUUAAGAGUCAGCUGAAUGCUACCUGACUGGCAUUUAUGAGGAUGCAAAUCUAUGCGCUUUGCACGCAAAUAGGGUGACACUGAAGCUAAAGGAUAUACAGCUUGCAAUGAGGAUCAGAGGAGACCAGUAUAAAGACCAUGCUACUGAAGGACUAGGAAGAAGACCAACAGCACAUGAACAACAGAAUUUCAGAGAGGUCUAAAAUGUGAGAUCCAAAAGGAGAGUUUGA